AUGGAUGCUCGCAAUGGCUCUCUUCACCCCCAAUAUUUCUUGUCCGCCAUGUUGAAACUUACCCCCUUUCUUCUUCUUCUUCCAUUGAUCUCGGCUUCGACUCCCUCAUCAUCGAAGGGGUGGCCAUCGGACCCGAUCUAUGGCUUCGAAGAGCUCCCGCUGAACCAGUCCAACUUCGAUAUUCAACGACCCUACGACAUACCUGAAGAAGAGCGAUAUUCCUUCCAACACGGAGUUCACAAGCUUUGGGUGUAUUCCAGCGACAAGCCUCACACGCCUACGAGCCGAACCCACCCUCGCACAGAGAUUCGCAUCCGCGGAUAUGAUUAUUCCUCCGGAGUGUGGCAAUUCGAAGGAUACGGGUAUGUGCCGUGUGGAACAACCGGCGUGUGCAUCAUGCAAGUCUUCGGGGCGAGCCCUCACGCCACAACCCUAAUGCUCCGAGUCUAUAACGGCUCAUUGUACUAUUACAGAAACCCAGUCUUGCUUGAGAAUAUUUACGACAGAUGGUUCAAGCUGAAUGUGAUACACGACGUGAACGCCUCCACCGUGAAGAUCUACAUUGACGGACAGCUCAAGAUGGUGGCUCCUGGUCGCGGUGGCACUUCACAUUACUUCAAGUGUGGGGUUUAUGAACAAGACGAUGGUUCCUACUAUAUGGAGUCGCGAUGGAAGGGAAUCAAGGUUCUCAAAGAUAUGUGA